CGUCAGCCGAAGCACUCGGACACAUUUCGACGUUACACAAAUACACGUCCUCGCUCUCAGCAAAACAAUCUGCCGAUGUUAGCGGGUGGAGGCUAAAUAGGUUUCCAGAGGGUAGAGCUGGUUUGAUGCCCGCAGCGCCACAAUGGAGCUCUCUGACUCGGUCACACAUAAGAACGGGCGGCAGAGGAAGCCCGUUGUCCCCCAGGGGGACAUGAGGGACGGGGACAGGGUUCUCAACACUACCCCUGACAUGGAGGUGGAGGGGGAGGCGCUCCACCGAGGAUCCGACGCGGAGGACAACGGACAUCCCAGGGUGCGGCCUGGGAUCAGAGGGGAGCUGGGGAACGUGUCUCUGCUGCUCUUCCUUUAUGUCCUCCAGGGCAUCCCUCUGGGCCUGGCCGGGAGCAUCCCUCUCAUCCUGCAGAGUAAGAACGUCAGCUACAAGGACCAGGCCUUCUUCAGCUUUGUCUUCUGGCCCUUCAGUCUCAAGCUGCUGUGGGCCCCACUGGUGGACGCGCUCUACCUGAGCCGGUUUGGACGCCGGAAGUCGUGGCUGGUGCCCACCCAAUACCUGCUGGGUCUCUUCAUGCUGUACCUGUCGGUUACCGUGGAUACGCUGCUGAAAAGUGACGAGGGGCGGGGCCCCGACGUGGUGACCCUGACGGCGGUGUUCUUCAUGCUGGCCUUUCUGGCAGCCACCCAGGACAUAGCAGUGGAUGGCUGGGCUCUGACCAUGCUGUCUAGGGAGAACGUGGGUUACGCCUCCACAUGUAACUCUGUGGGACAGACGGCUGGCUACUUCCUAGGCAACGUCCUCUUCCUGGCCCUGGAGUCAGCUGACUUCUGCAACAAAUACCUGAGAGCAGAGCCUAAAGAGACUGGCAUCGUUACACUGUCAGACUUCCUGUUUUUCUGGGGCGUGGUGUUCCUGGUGUCGACCACGCUGGUGGCCGUUAUGAAGAAGGAGAACGCCAGGGGACAGCACGGGAGGAAGAAGGUCCGGGAGGAGACGCAGAGCGUCAUGGAAACAUACAAACUGCUGCUCUCCAUCAUCAAGAUGCCUGCCGUGUUCACCUUCUGUAGCCUGCUGCUCACUGCUAAGAUAGGUUUCUCUGCUGCAGAUGCAGUGACCGGUCUGAAGCUGGUUGAGGCAGGUGUUCCUAAAGAGCAGCUGGCAUUACUGGCAGUCCCCAUGGUUCCACUGCAGAUACUACUACCUCUCAUCAUCAGUAAAUACACCGCGGGACCACGACCACUAGACGUUUUCUACAAGGCCUUUCCCUUCAGGUUGUUGAUAGGUCUGGGGUAUGCUGUGUUGGUGUGGUGGACUCCCAGUUUAAAGCAGGAAGGGGGAUUCCCUCUCUACUACUAUACUAUAGUCCUGUUCAGCUACGCACUGCAUCAGGUGGCGCUGUACAGCAUGUAUGUGGCCUGUAUGGCUUUCCAUGCUAAAGUGAGUGACCCAGUGAUCGGUGGGACCUACAUGACCCUGCUGAACACGGUCACCAACCUAGGGGGCAAUUGGCCCUCCACCCUGGCAUUGUGGAUGGUCGACCCACUCACCUCUAAGGAGUGCCAGGGAGCCGUCGGACAGAGCUGUGGCUCCUCAGAGGAGGCUGGGCUGUGUGUAAAGGAGGGCGGUGUGUGUGUGACGUCGUUGGAUGGUUACUAUGUGGAGUCGGUGGUGUGUGCGUUGAUAGGACUAACGUGGUGGGUGUGGCUAGGGAAGAGGAUGAGAAGGCUACAGGACCAGAGCCCUGCAGCUUGGAGGUGCAGGAUCGGUCAAUGACAACGUUCACCCAGCUCCUGACCUGCACAACCCCUUUCCUGACUCCAGCAAGGCCAAUCGCCAGACAGCUACAGUCUGAUAUAAAAGCCUCCUCUCUUAUCUUUUCCUCUCGCUCAGUUUCAGUUGGUCUAUGUUGGUCUUUCUCUGUCCGUCACUGUCCCUCUCAGUCCCUCUCUCACCCUUCUCUGAUGACUCUUAUCCUUCUCCAUUCUUCCCAACCUUCUCUGAUGACUCUUAUCCGUCUCCAUUCUUCCCAACCUUCUCUGAUGACUCUUAUCCGUCUCCAUUCUUCCCACCCUUCUCUGAUGACUCUUAUCCGUCUCCAUUCUUCCCAACCUUCUCUGAUGACUCUUAUCCGUCUCCAUUCUUCCCAACCUUCUCUGAUGACUCUUAUCCGUCUCCAUUCUUCCCAACCUUCUCUGAUGACUCUUAUCCGUCUCCAUUCUUCCCAACCUUCUCUGAUGACUCUUAUCCGUCUCCAUUCUUCCCAACCUUCUCUGAUGACUCUUAUCCGUCUCCAUUCUUCCCAACCUUCUCUGAUGACUCUUAUCCGUCUCCAUUCUUCCCAACCUUCUCUGAUGACUCUUAUCCGUCUCCAUUCUUCCCAACCUUCUCUGAUGACUCUUAUCCGUCUCCAUUCUUCCCAACCUUCUCUGAUGACUCUUAUCCGUCUCCAUUCUUCCCAACCUUCUCUGAUGACUCUUAUCCGUCUCCAUUCUUCCCAACCUUCUCUGAUGACUCUUAUCCGUCUCCAUUCUUCCCACCCUUCUCUGAUGACUCUUAUCCGUCUCCAUUCUUCCCAACCUUCUCUGAUGACUCUUAUCCGUCUCCAUUCUUCCCACCCUUCUCUGAUGACUCUUAUCCGUCUCCAUUCUUCCCAACCUUCUCUGAUGACUCUUAUCCGUCUCCAUUCUU